AUGACUUCUACUGAACGGGCAUCUGCCCAGGGGGCGCUCAUUACGGGUGGUGCCUCGGGUAUAGGGCUAUUUGUUGCAAAGCACCUUGUUGAGCAAGGCUGGAACGUCAUGAUUGUCGACUACAACGAAGAGAGCGGGAAGAAAGCAGCACGGGAUCUUGGAGAGGAGAAGGUUCUCUUUACGCGCGCUGAUGUUUCGGACUACGACCAGCAGGCCAGCGCCUUUGGCAUUCUCGACAGGACCAAUAUGUACGAGCCGGCCAAGGAACGAGAAGAUGGCGCGCCCGUGAAACCGGAUACCUCAGUCAUUGACAUCUGCUUGACUGGUGUAGUUUACUCGGCAUACCUUGCAGUCCACUACUUCCGCAAGAAUCCUGGCGGAAUUGGGAAGCUAGUUUCAACAGCGAGUAUGGGUGGCCUCUAUCCGUCACUCCAGCUUCCGAUGUACACAGCUGCAAAGCAUGGGGUCGUCGGCAUAACUAGAACCCUAGCCCAGACGCUCGCAGCGAAAGGGGAACAUAUGACUGUCAACUGUAUAUGCCCAGGCGCGGUUGAUACCGGUAUAAGUGGUGUGCUAGUGACAGAUGCGAUGCGGAAGUUAAUGACGCCUCUCUCAACCGUUGUGCGCGCUGUGGAUGGAUUCUUAGCCGAUCCAAGCAAGAAUGGUCUUGUGGCAGAGUGCUCAAUCAACAAUAUCCACUACCGGGAGCAGCCAGAGUGGAGUGACGAAGAAGCCAGGAAGGUUAUGACCAGUACCUUCUACGCCUCCGGCCCUGCCACAAAUUGA